GCUAGAUAGAUACAUCAUCAACACACAAAGACCUCAUCACAUCUUUCCAGUUCACCGGCCGUUAUGGAGAUGAAGCCCGCCGCGCAGCCGGUCACCGGCGUCCCCGUCGGCGCGGCGCCGGCCGCCUGGUCCUCCGGCCUCUUCGACUGCUUCGACGACUGCGGCCUCUGCUGCGUGACCUACUGGUGCCCGUGCAUCACCUUCGGCAAGGUGGCGGAGAUCGUGGACAGGGGCUCCACGUCGUGCGGCACCAGCGGCGCGCUGUACGCGCUCCUGUGCUCGCUCACGGGCUGCCAGUGGAUCUACUCGUGCACCUACCGCUCCAAGAUGCGCGCCCAGUACGCGCUCCCGGACGCGCCCUGCUGCGACUGCUGCGUCCACUUCUGCUGCGAGCCAUGCGCGCUCGUGCAGCAGUACAAGGAGCUCAAGGCCCGCGGCUACGACCCCGAGAUCGGCUGGCACCUCAACAUGGAGCGCCGCGCCGGCGCCGGCGCCGUCAACCCGCCGGGCGUUCAGGAGAUGGGCCGCUAGCUGGCUAGCUGCUCGAACUCAGCUGCUGCUUUAUUAUUGCCGUUUCUGUUUGCGUCUUUUAUGUUUGAUAAAUUGUUGAUAUAUUGUAUUAGUACGUAGUAACUUGUGUGAGUAUGUUGGAUAGUGAUGUGAUGACUUGAUGUUUUGCUCUUGCAACUUCAAUAAUGUUUUGGUUUGCUAUAAGUGCACACACCGUGCACCAGAGUUAUGAGUUGAUGUCAGGAGUGGGAGGAUUACCAGAACGUGUGUCGUCCCUAAUGCCUCCAUGCACUUUUUCAAUGUACUUUAUAUUUGCAUUUUAUUCAUUGUAUUGUAUACUAUACUCCCUCUGUUCCAAAAUAUAAGGUGUAUUAGUUUCUUCAAAAA